GUGCGAAGUAUCGAUACAUUUUCUUACGCUGCUCAGUGCCCUCAAUUAAAAAUAAAAUUACAAAAUUUCACUGUUUCUGUUUAUAAAAAAUCGCAUUGCGUAAACGUUAUAGUUUACAUUUAACACAAGUGGUAGUAACGUUGUAGAACAUGUCAACACCCGCACGCAGACGUCUUAUGAGAGAUUUUAAAAGACUUCAGGAGGACCCACCAACGGGUGUUUCGGGUGCGCCAACAGAUAAUAAUAUUAUGAUAUGGAAUGCUGUGAUUUUUGGUCCACACGAUACACCGUUCGAGGAUGGUACCUUUAAGUUAACCAUAGAAUUUACGGAAGAAUAUCCAAAUAAACCGCCAACAGUUCGAUUCGUAUCGAAAGUAUUUCAUCCAAAUGUUUAUGCAGAUGGUGGCAUAUGCUUGGAUAUAUUGCAGAAUCGCUGGAGCCCCACAUAUGAUGUGUCAGCUAUAUUAACAUCUAUACAGUCACUGCUGAGCGAUCCCAAUCCCAAUUCACCGGCUAACUCUACCGCCGCCCAGCUUUACAAAGAGAAUCGUCGCGAGUAUGAGAAGCGUGUGAAAGCCUGCGUGGAGCAAAGUUUCAUCGAUUAGCCAUGCGCCCACUUCAACACCAACAACAAAAACAACAACUGCAACAACAGAAGCAACAGCAGCAGCGACUUGCAGCUACAA